UCUGGUCGCCGUCGCCCGGCCCCGCCCGCCUGGCCGCGCCGGAGACCCGAGAGCCCGGAGUCCGGAAGCACCGGAGCGGGGAGUGCCCGGGAUCAGGGGCGCCGGGAGCGUGGAGGGCCCAGAACUGGGGGCUCCGGAGCGGGCCGGAUCCUCAGCAGGAUGACAGUGGGCAUCUUUGCAAAUUGUACCUUCUGUUUGAAAGUCAAGUCCUUACCUCGGCAGCAGAAGAAGAAGCUACAAACUGACAUUACGGAAAAUGGUGGAAAGCUUUCCCUUCUCUUAAAUCCUCAGUGCACUCAUAUAAUCCUAGACAAUGCUAAUGUUCUGAGUCGGUAUCAACACAUCUCUAUCCAAAAGAACCACAUUCAUAUAGCAAACCCAGAUUUUAUAUGGGAAUCUGUCCAAGAAAGGAGACUCUUAGAUGUAAAGAAUUAUGAUCCCAGGAAGUCACUGGACAUCACACCACAGCCUGAUCAAACAGCAAGUGGUUCUGAAGUGAAAACAGAAGAUCUAUCCCUAGACGAUGCCUCAGAGAAGGAAAACAUUGUGGAAUUCACUAAGUUUUGUACAGAAGAUGUUGAAAUUCCUCAUUUUCCUCAAGAUUUUGAAGUUGCAAAAUAUAACACCUUGGAAAAGGUGGACGUGGAGGGAGGCCGGGAAGCCGUGGUGGUGGAGCUGCGGUGCUCCCAGGACUCCGGGGACUGUCCUUUUCUGAUAUCCGCGCACUUCCUCCUGGCGGACGGCAUGCAGCAUAGAAGACAGUUCACUGUGAAGAAAACCUCUGCGGAUGCAAGCGAAUACUAUGAAAAUUACAUUGAAGAGCUGAAGAAACAAGGAUUUCUACUAAGAGAAUAUUUUACGCCCGAGGCAACCCAACUAGCAUCUGAAAAAUUGCAGGCAUUGCUUUUGGAGGAGGUCAUAAAUUCCAGCGCUCUGAGCCGAGAGGUGGGCGAUUUGGUGGAGAUGAUUUGGGCGGAAGCCCUGGGCCACCUGGAGCACACGCUUCGCAAGCCCGUGGACAGCAUUAGCCUCAAGGAUGUGAGCAAGGCAGAGGGAAUUCUCCAGCUAGUAAGGGCAGCACUGAAAACCGGGGAGACGGCAGAGCAGUUGCAGAAGACGAUGGCUGAGUUCUACAGACUGAUACCUCACAAAGCUCCAGCACCCAAAGAGGUUAACCUGGGACUGUUAGCUAAGAAAGAGGACCUUUGCCAGCUAAUCAGAGACCUGGUUAAUGUCUGUGAAACUAACUUGUCCAAACCUAACCCACCAUCUCUUGCCAAAUACCGGGCUUUGAGAUGCAAAAUUGAGCAUGUUGAGCAGAACACUGAAGAAUUUUUCAGGGUUAAAGAAGUGGCGUUGCAGAAUAAUCGCAGUACGAGUCCAGUGGAAAUCUUGGAGAUAUUUAGAGUUGGGAGAGUGAACGAAAUGACAGAGUUUCUGAGCGGACUUGGCAACGUGCGGCCCUUGUUGCAUGGCUGCCCGGUGCGGAACGUCGUAGGAAUCCUGUCUCGAGGGUUGCUUUUACCCAAAGUAGUUGAAGAUCGUGGCGUGAAAAGAACAGACAUUGGAAAUCUUGGGAGUGGGAUUUAUUUCGGUGACUCACUCAGCACAAGUGUUAAGUAUUCACACCCGGGGGAGACAGACGGCAGCAGGCUCCUGGUGGUUUGUGACGUGGCCCUGGGAAAGUGUUUGGACUUGCACAAGAAGGACUCUUCCUUGACUGAAGCACCAGCAGGCUACGACAGUGUGCACGGAGUUUCAGAGACCGCCUCUGUCUCCACAGACUUUGAGGAUGAUGAAUUUGUUGUCUAUAAAACCAAUCAGGUUAAAAUGAAAUACGUUGUUAAAUUUUGCAUGCCUGGAGAUCAAAUAAAGGACUUUCAUCCUCCGGAUAAUACUGAGUUAGAGGAACACAGACCUGAGUUUUCAGAUUUUUCAAAGGUUGAAGAUUACCAGUUACCAGACACCAAACCUCCCAGCGACAUCAGGGCCGGCCUGCAGGAUCGCUCUGGGAACCUGGUUCCCCUCAAGGAUGUCUGCAUCAAGGGGCGAAUAAUAGACUUCGUAGCCCAGGUCGUUGUUUUUCAGACGUACAGAAAUCAAAGUCCUGUGCCCAUUGAGGCGAAAUACAUCUUUCCUUUGGAUGAGAAGGCGGCUGUAUGUGGCUUUGAGGCCUUCAUCAACGGGAAGCACAUAGUAGGAGAGGUUAAGGAGAAGGAGGAAGCCCGGCGGGAAUACCGCGAGGCCGUCAGCCAGGGCCACGGCGCCUACCUGAUGGAUCAGCACGCCCCGGACAUUUUUACUGUGAGUGUCGGAAACUUACCCCCCAAGGCUAAGGUUCUUAUCAAAAUUACCUACAUCACGGAGCUCAGCAUCCAAGGCGCCGCUGCUGUCUUCUUCACGCCUGCCGCCGUGGCGCCCUGGCAGCAGGACAGGGCUCUGAACGAAAACCUGCAGGAUACAGUAAAGAAGAUUUGUGUAAAGGAAAUAGGAACAAAGCAAAGGUUAUCUGCCACGCCCACCAUGGGCAACACAGAGUUCUGGAAAACGCUCCGAUAUUUAAGUCUGCUGUACCCUUGCCAAGGGUCACGGGACAUUCUCCUUGUGUCUGACGGGCACCUGCAGGAUGAGAGCCUCACGAUGCAGCUUGUGAAGAGAAGCCUCCCCCACACCAGGUUGUUUGCCUGCGGCGUUGGUUCCACAGCAAAUCGUCACGUCUUAAGGACUCUGUCCCAGUGUGGUGCCGGAGUGUUUGAAUAUUUUAAUGCAAAAUCCAAACAUAAUUGGAAAAAACAGGUAGAAGACCAGAUGGCCAGGUUACGUUCUCCCAGCUGUCACUCUGUGUCGGUCAAAUGGCAGCAACUCAGCACAGACGCGCCGGAGCCCCUGCAGGCCCCAGCCCAGGUGCCAUCCUUGUUCCACAACGAUCGACUCCUCGUCUAUGGGUUUAUUCCUCAUUGCACACAGCGCACAGACUGCACGGCUGUAGUCAGCACUGCGGAAGGCAGCUCCCUAGACAGCAGUGGAUUUUCCCUCCGCGUCGGUUUGUCCAAUGCAUAUCUCCCAAGAAUGUGGGUCGAAAAACAUCCGGACAAAGAAAGCGAGGCGUGCAUGCUCGUCUUUCAACCCGACCUCCACGUCGGCGUCCCCGACCGCACCAGCAACAGCGAAGUGAUUAUUUGUCUCGACUGCUCCAAUUCCAUGGAGGGUGUGACAUUCUUGCAAGCCAAGCAAAUCACCUUGCACGCACUGUCCUUGGUGGGUGAGACGCAAAAAGUAAACGUCGUCCAGUUCGGCACAGGUUACAAGGAGUUAUUUUCAUAUCCCAAGUACAUCACAAGCAGUGUCGCGCCAGCAGAGUUCAUCACGUCUGCCACGCCCACCAUGGGCAACACAGAGUUCUGGAAAACGCUCCGAUAUUUAAGUCUGCUGUACCCUUGCCAAGGGUCACGGGACAUUCUCCUUGUGUCUGACGGGCACCUGCAGGAUGAGAGCCUCACGAUGCAGCUUGUGAAGAGAAGCCUCCCCCACACCAGGUUGUUUGCCUGCGGCAUAGAAGACCAGAUGGCCAGGUUACGUUCUCCCAGCUGUCACUCUGUGUCCGUCAAAUGGCAGCAACUCAGCACAGACGCGCCGGAGCCCCUGCAGGCCCCAGCCCAGGUGCCGUCCUUGUUCCACAACGAUCGACUCCUCGUCUAUGGGUUUAUUCCUCACUGCACACAGGCAACCCUAUGUGCACUAAUUCAAGAGAAAGAAUUUUGUACAAUGGUGUCAACUACUGAGCUUCAGAAGACGACUGGAACCAUGAUUCACAAGCUGACAGCGCGCGCUCUCAUCAGAGAUUAUGAAGAUGGCAUUCUUCACGAAAAUGAAACUGGCCAUGAGAUGAAGAAACAAAUCUUGAAAUCUGUGAUUAUUAAACUCAGUAAAGAAAACUCUCUCGUAACACAAUUCACGAGCUUUGUGGCAGUUGAGAAAAGGGAUGAGAGUGAGCCUCCUUUUCCUAAUGUGCCCAAAGUCUCCGAACUUAUUGCCAAAGAAGACGUAGACCUUCUGCCGUACAUGACUUGGCAGGAGGAGCGACAAGAUGCCAGCGUGAUGCAGCCUCUUCCGGCAUCCUCCGAACGGGACGAAGAACUGCGUUUGGCCGAGUAUACGCGCGCGGCGAAAAAAAAAGCGCGUAAGAAGAAAGUAUCCCGAGCCCCUGAAGGGGCGAGCUUAGCGCCGGGACCGGCAGCACGAGGCCCCGCGCCCGGUCCCGCGUGUGAAGGCGCCGCAGGGCCCUCGGGGUCCGGGCUUUUCUCGCGGGAACCAGCAGGCGUUCGCCCGCUAGCCAGCCGCGCCCUUUACGGAGAGGUGCCUGCGUCCAGCUUCGCUCCUGCUCCGGCCGCCGCGGGUCCGCCUCUCCUGGGUCGGCCUCUCCUGGCCCACCGCGCUCCUCCCGCCGCCGGCCUCCGCGCCUUCUCCUUCGGCUUCCGUCGGGGCGCUCUGUUUGGUUCUCUUUCUUGCCCCAAGCCCUUCGGCCCAUCUCAGCGCGGCUCUGCUGACCCACCUGCCCCUCUUUUUCUCCCUCCUCCCCCUCCACCUGCUCCUCCCGCCAAAGCUUUCACUUUUCGCCAAUCCUCUGCUUCCUUUGCUUUUCGUUCUGAAAGUUACCCAGUCCCUUUGAGCCGAUACCAGCCGCCAACAGAUUUAUCUGAGCGUAGGCCCAGUGGCCCAGGGCGUCUGUCACCUGUGUCUGCUGGCACUGCCUCGUCACAUUCUCUCGAAAGUCACUGGACUGACUCAAGUCCUGAAAGGCGUUGGGAAACCCAGUGUGAUGGCUUACCAGGUGGAUUUCUACGGGAGUCAUACCUUAAGGUUGCAAGUGACUUCCGUGGGAGCCUUGAGGCGGGGGAGCGCGCUGCCGGAAAACACCGCGGGGCGAGUGUCGUGCCUUGGACUGAACUCUGCAGUCUGCAAACCGAGGAUGGCUUCUGGAAACUCACACCAGAACUAGGAUUUAUAUUAAACCUUAAUAUAGAUGCUUUACACAGCUUUCUUAAAGAAAAAGGCAUUCAGUCUCUAGGUGUAAAAGGAAGAGAACGUCUCCUGGACCUGAUUGCCACAUUGCUAGUGCUACAGUUUCUUCGAACCAGGUUGGAACAGGAGGGAAUAGUCUUCAAAUCACUGAUGAAAUUGGAUGAUGCUGCUUCCAUUUCCAGGAAUAUUCCCUGGGAUUUCGAGGCAAUAAAGAAAGCGCACGAAUGGGUAAGAAGAACUGAGGGACAGUAUCCAUCCAUCUGCCCACGGCUUGAAUUGGGUAAAGACUGGGACUCUGCCACCAAGCAGCUGCUGGGACUUCAGCCCAUAAACACCACUUCUCCUCUUCCCAGAGUCCUUCAUUACAGUCAAGGCUGAACCGAAUGAAAUUGGAUUUGGAUUUUAAGCUUUUCUCAUGCUUCUGUGUAGAAAAUAAUCAAACGUUAAUAAAUGCCUGUCAUGAAAUUUAAUUAUGAUUUUAUGUAGUGUAGCAAUCAGUCCCUUUAAAAUAAGGUAAAUGGAAGCAGAACGGAUUGUUUUAACCAACUAACAAGCAAUAAU